AUGAACAGUCAAGGACAAGACCGUUUUAACUACCCAUAUCAGCAGCCUCAUCCCCAAAUCCCUCAGCUGAACCAAUACGCCAAGUCUGAUAUUCCUUACAGUCCAAACCCUGAUUAUUACCAGUCAGGCCACCAAGGGAAGUCUCAUGGCUACAUGCCUUCUCAAUAUUUUAAUCAGCCACAACCUCAGGCAGCUGACGAGGAUUUCAUAAAAAAGGAAGAGCAGCUCCUCCAAAUUUCUAGCCCAGAAGUCUUGCUUAAAAAAUUCAUGGAGUUCCGCAACUGGGGAUACAAGGACUAUGUCAACAAAAUUGGUGACGAGUACCAUGCUAAUAUUGAAAUCGAACAAGAGGAUUGCUUCCGCCAAAUCAGCAGCAAUGAGACUAAGGCAAAACUUAAGGUGAUACUGGCAGUGCUUUAUCAUUAUAACUCGUAUCUUGCGUCAUUGUGGUGUCAAAAAUUCCAAAACCAGCUGGCAGGUGCUUGCAGUAAGAAGUAA